UAAAAAAAAAAACAAAAAAAAAAAAAAAAUACAAACAGAAAUAGGAUUUUUAAAGAAGUUCUCAAGGUUAAUUCUAAGAGGCUGGAUUUGCGGAAGCUCCUACAAUAAUCGGUGAAAACUGAGGUGCGUUUCUGAGCCGGUUUGUUUAUUUUCAGGAUUAAUUCACUCAUAGCGGACACAUUUUAUAUUCAGGGAGCUGUUUUAAGAAAUGAACACUGCGACAGGGAGUUAUCCGAUGGCUUCUCUCUACGUUGGCGACCUGCACCCCGACAUCACGGAGGCUAUGCUGUAUGAGAAGUUCAGCCCCGCCGGACCGGUGCUCUCCAUCCGGGUCUGCAGGGACAUGAUCACCCGCCGCUCCCUGGGAUACGCUUAUGUCAACUUCUCUCAGCCCGCUGACGCUGAGAGAGCCCUGGACACCAUGAACUUUGACGUGGUGAAAGGGAAGCCGAUCAGGAUCAUGUGGUCGCAGAGAGACCCAUCCCUCAGGAAGUCUGGCGUGGGAAACGUCUUCAUCAAGAACCUUGACAAGUCCAUCGACAACAAAGCUCUGUACGACACCUUCUCCGCUUUUGGCAACAUCCUCUCCUGUAAGGUGGUGUGUGAUGAAAAUGGUUCCAAGGGCUACGCAUUUGUCCACUUUGAGACGCAGGAUGCAGCGGAUCGAGCCAUUGAGAAGAUGAACGGCAUGCUUCUGAAUGACCGCAAGGUGUUUGUUGGUCGUUUCAAAUCUCGAAAAGAACGGGAGGCAGAACUCGGUGCUAAAGCUAAGGAGUUCACCAAUGUUUACAUCAAGAACUUUGGCGACGACAUGGACGAUGAACGGCUAAAGGAACUCUUCGAAAAAUACGGAAAAACACUGAGUGUGAAGGUGAUGGCAGACUCCUCGGGCAAAUCCAGAGGGUUUGGGUUUGUGAGCUUCGAGAAACAUGAGGAUGCCAACAAGGCAGUGGAGGAAAUGAACGGCACCGAGCUCAACGGUAAGACCGUUUUCGUGGGCCGAGCUCAGAAGAAGAUGGAGCGGCAGGCGGAGCUGAAGAGGAAGUUUGAGCAGCUCAAACAAGAACGAAUCAGUCGGUAUCAGGGUGUUAACCUUUACAUCAAGAACCUUGACGAUACAAUCGAUGAUGAAAAGUUGCGUAAAGAGUUUUCUCCAUUUGGUUCCAUUACAAGUGCUAAGGUGAUGUUAGAAGAAGGCCGCUCAAAGGGCUUUGGCUUCGUUUGCUUCUCUUCCCCUGAAGAGGCCACCAAGGCCGUGACAGAGAUGAACGGACGCAUUGUUGGCUCCAAACCUUUGUACGUUGCUCUCGCCCAGCGCAAAGAGGAGCGUAAAGCUCACCUCACCAACCAGUACAUGCAGCGUAUAGCUGGCAUGAGGGCCAUGCCGGCUAACGCCAUCAUCAAUCAGUUCCAGCCCACCAGUGGCUACUUCAUGCCUGCUGUCCCACAGGCUCAGAAUAGAACCACAUACUAUGCACCGAACCAGCUGGCUCAGAUGCGACCCAACCCCAGGUGGCAGCAGCAAGGUGGAAGAGGCCAAGGCGGUUUCCAAGGAAUGGGCAACUCGCUGCGUCAGCCUGGACCCCGGGCCAACCUGAGACACAUGACUCCUAGCAGCGGUGCACAGGGCCCACGAGGUGCCGGUCAGACCAUGGGUCCACGUCAGUCAAUGGGAGUCCCUGGUCCUAGGGCCAUGCCGCCCUAUAAAUAUGCCACCAGUGUCCGUAACCCCAAUCCCCAAGUGGUGCAACCUAUUGCCUUACAACAGGCUCAACCAGCUGUACAUGUUCAGGGCCAGGAGCCGCUUACAGCCUCCAUGCUAGCUGCUGCCCCCCCUCAGGAGCAGAAACAGAUGUUAGGAGAGCGUCUGUUCCCGCUGAUUCAGGCCAUGCACGCCAACCUGGCGGGAAAAAUCACCGGCAUGCUGCUGGAAAUUGACAACUCAGAGCUGCUGCAUAUGUUGGAGUCGCAUGAAUCUCUCCGUUCAAAGGUGGAGGAAGCAGUUGCCGUUCUGCAGGCCCACCAAGCAAAAAAAGAUGCCACCCAGAAAGUAGGUGGCAUGGCAACUACUGCUGCUACAUCCUAAAAACUGGAGAUGCUAUUAACUUGGACUGAGCAAACAAGGAAGGAAACACAAGAUACUCUGCAAUGACUCUAAAGAGCCUAGAACCAUAAAACAGACAUGCUAAGGUUUAG